AUGACUGGGAUUGGAGAAGAAAUAACUUUGUUACCAUAUGAUUAUGAUAUUGGUGACAACGGUAGCGGUGAAAAAGCUAAAGAAUCUGAUAUAGGAGCGGAUGAUGGUACCGGUAAUGUUGGAAAGUCAACGGAGAAUACGGAUCAAGUAAAAAGUGAUACACUAGGACAUUUAUCACCGAUUGAUCAAGCAGAAGAUGGCGCUAAUUUUACAACACCUAAGGCUGAUGAAUCAGAAGAAGGUAGAGGAGAAUUUGAUAAUGAUCAUAAUGAGGGAGCAGAACUGUAUGAAUAUGAUGUACUACCACCACCACCACCACUACAGCAAAUAGAACCUGUAGAGCCAGAGGAGCCAAGACAACCCGAGAAAUCUAAUACACCUCCGGUACUUCCACAUUCAGAAUCGAACGUUCCACAACCAAGUGUAGACCAAUCAUCAUUUCCGGUUCAUCCUCAUCAUUCAGAAUUACCAGAACCCCCUUCUCAUCAUCAUGCAGAACCGAUACCAGCAUUAACAGAAUCUGAAGUAUGCCAAGUUAUUGCUACCGGUAUGAAUACAGAAAUGCAAGAAUAUGCAUCAUUGCUUGCUAGAGAAGCUCUUACUCAAUUCCCAAAUCAAAUGAUGGCAAUUGCGCGUCAUAUUAUGAUGAAUUUUGAGGAGCGUUAUGGACCACCAUGGUGUUGUGUUGUUAGCAAUGGACAAUUGGGAUUCUAUCUACGUUACGAUAGACAGAAUUAUAUUUAUUUCGCAUUAUCACGACACACUAUUUUUCUCUAUAAGACUUUUACUUCAUGA